AUGGCUGCUGCUCUCGAGGAACCACCUGCAGAGUUACCACGUGGACCUCCCAUCAGUAUGGCUGCUGCACUCGAGGAACCAUCUGCAGAGUUACCACGUGGACCUCCCAUCAGUAUGGCUGCUGCACUCGAGGAACCAUCUGCAGAGUUACCACGGGGCGCUCCUAUCAGUAUGGCUGCUGCACUCGAGGAACCACCUGCUGAGUUACCACGUGAACCUCCUAUCAGUAUGGCUGCUGCAUUCGAGGAACCACCUGCUGAGUUACCACGUGAACCUCCUAUCAGUAUGGAUGCUGCACUCGAGGAACCAUCUGCAGAGUUACCACAUGGACCUCCUAUCAGUAUGGCUGCUGCACUCGAGGAACCAUCUGCAGAGUUACCACGUGGACCUCCUAUCAGUAUGGCUGCUGCACUCGAGGAACCACCUGCUGAGUUACCACGUGGACCUCCUAUCAGUAUGGCUGCUGCACUCGAGGAACCACCUGCUGAGUUACCACGUGGACCUCCUAUCAGUAUGGCUGCUGCACUCGAGGAACCAUCUGCAGAGUUACCACGUGGACCUCCUAUCAGUAUGGCUGCUGCACUCGAGGAACCACCUGCUGAGUUACCACGUGGACCUCCUAUCAGUAUGGCUGCUGCACUCGAGGAACCACCUGCUGAGUUACCACGUGGACCUCCUAUCAGUAUGGCUGCUGCACUCGAGGAACCAUCUGCAGAGUUGCCACAUGGACCUCCUAUCAGUAUGGCUGCUGCACUCGAGGAACCACCUGCUGAGUUACCACGUGGACCUAUCAGUAUGGCUGCUGCACUCGAGGAACCAUCUGCAGAGUUGCCACAUGGACCUCCUAUCAGUAUGGCUGCUGCACUCGAGGAACCACCUGCUGAGUUACCACGUGGACCUCCUAUCAGUAUGGCUGCUGCACUCGAGGAACCACCUGCAGAGUUACCACGGGGACCUCCUAUCAGUAUGGCUGCUGCACCCGAGGAACCAACAGCAGAGUUACCACGGGGCGCUCCUAUCAGUAUGGCUCCUGCACUCGAGGAACCACCACAACGAUGUAUCUUAAACCAAUUGACACUUCCACCAGUAGUGGAUGAGAGUGAUCAGUACAAAAUGGACGCCAGACCAAAAGGGAUGUGUGUGAUCAUCAACAACAGAGACUUCACCUGGCCAGGACUGAGCAGACGAGACGGGACAGACGAAGACGUGGCCAAACUGGACCAGUUCUUCACGCGAUCUCACUUCAAGGUCAAAGUGUUUGAAAACCAGACCGAUUCAGACAUGCUGGAAGAACUGAAACGAAUAUCGUCGCUGAAUCAUCAACCGUAUGACUGCUUCGUCUGCUUCAUCCUCUCUCACGGCGAGAGGGAGUCCGUGUAUGGAACCAACGGUCGUCUGGUCAGCGUGUCGGAAAUACAGUCGUUCUUCUCAGCCAGGCAGUGCCGCUCGUUAGGAAAGAAGCCCAAACUGUUUUUCAUCCAAGCUUGUCAGGGCAGGGAAGCCGCACAAGGUGUCAACGUGGAGGACACCGAUCACGGAGGAAGCUGGGAGUAUGACGUCACAGUUGAGAAUCCGGUGCACGAGCACGCCGAUUUCCUGACAGUGUUCGCCACGGCUCCAGGAUUCAUUGCCUACAGAAACGCGACAUCCGGGACUCAGUUCAUCUCGACAUUGAUCGACAUGAUGGACAAGUACCACGGUCUGAGUAUCACUGACACCGUUACCAAGGUAACAAACGUGAUGGAUAUGGGCGCUGGACUGAAGCAGAUUCCCAUGUUUAAGUCGACCCUGCGAAAACGAGUCGUUUUAAAUUAGCAGUUGUCCUGAUCAAAGAAUAAGACGACGACAACAAUAGAAACAAAUAAACCAACAGACUGUAGAAAAGAAAACAAAAUGAAGGGUAGGCUUCAAAAGCUUGAGAUUCGAAUACGAUUAUUUAAACAUUAUUAUGACGGUUAAUUGAGCUUACAUUUGUAUGGAUGUAUCCUUUGGACGAGCGGUUAAGGUCACGGGCUGUCAGAUGUUUCUAAGGGCGGGAUUUAGCUCAGUCGGUUUAGUAAUCGCUUGAGGUGCUUGCAUCGCAGGAUCGAAUCACCUCGGUGGAUUCAUCCAUUAUCGUUCCAACUGGUGCACUACAACUGGUCUGUGG